AUGUUAUUUAAAGUUUUUAUUUUAAUAAAUUUAUUAAGUUAUGUUAUUUCACUGAAAUUGAUUAAAAUAAAAAAAACAAAAUUUUUCCUAAAUAAUGUUUUGAGGAAAACAAAUAAUGAAUAUGUAUUAUACAAUAAUCAAUCUUACUUUGGUUCUAAAUAUUUAUUUAAUAGAAUUUUUAAUGAUAGCAUAAAGCAAAAAGGAGAUAAAGCAAGUGAACUAUUACAACGAGCUAAUUAUGUAAAGGAUAUUAAUGGGUUAUUUAAUAUAUUACCAUUAGGUUUUAGAGUAAUUAAUAAAAUAAUAAAUUUUAUAAAUAAACAUUUAGAAAAAAUAAAUUCUCAUUGUUUAAGCUUAAGUAUUCUUCAAACAAAAAAGUUGUGGAACUUAUCUGAUAGAUCAAAAUUAUAUAGUGAUGAAUUUUUAUAUGUUUAUAGAAAAAAACAAGGAAAAGCUGAUAAGAAUUUUGAAGAAACUACAAGAAAAAAAAUUGAAGAUGAUGGAACAAUUUUGAGUCCAACCUGUGAAGAAUCUUCUUUAGCUUUAAUUAAUAAAAUUUUUAAUGAAAACAUAACUUUAAAAAGUUUACCAAUUUUGAUCCACCAAUAUAACUACAAGUUUCGAAAUGAAAAAAGAUUAGAAAAGAGUUUGUUUAAGAGUAAAGAAUUUUUAAUGAAAGACGGAUAUUCAUUUCACAGUAAUGAAAAAUGUUUGAAUGAAAUUUACGAACUAUAUAAAGAGUGCUAUAAAAAUAUAUUUGAAGAAUUAAAUUUAACUUUUAAUAUUAUAAAAAAAAGAAAAAGAGACAAAAUGAAUGCUUUAAAUAGUCACGAAUUUCAAGUUUUAUGUAGAGAUGGAAAGUUUAAAGAAGCUGGCCAUAUUUUCAAAUUAGGAGAUUACUAUUCACAAAAGUUAGACAUAAAAUAUUUAAACAAAAAGAAUGAAAAAAAUAAUAUCCAUAUGGGUUCUUAUGGAAUAGGAAUUUACAGACUUCUAUAUUUUUUAAUCGAUCACUUUUAUGAUGACGAUGGAAUAAAAUUGCCUAAACAAGUAGCACCCUUUACAAUUUAUUUAAUUCAGAUAAAUAGGAAAAGUAGAUUUUCAUCAAAAAAAAUUGAUGGCAUUUUAGCAAAAUUUAGAAACACUGAUUUUAAAGAUGAGAUAAAUGAUAAAGAAGAAUGUGUAAAAGAUAAUGAAGAAAAUGAUAUACAGGAAAAUGAGAAAAAAAAUGAUGAAACAUCAAGCAAAAUACCUUAUAAUUCUUUAAAUAGUAAUGAUAUUGAAUAUAUAUUAACGUUGUGGCUAUAUAACUCAUUUAAAAAUAAUAACGUAGAUACAUAUUUUGAUGAUACUGAUUUACAUUUAUCAAGAAAACUAAAACAUUGUGAUUUAAUAGGAGUAACAAAUAGAAUUAUAAUAAAUUUAAAUAAUUUAGAAAAAAAAAUUGAAUUACCUAUAGAUUUUUACAACUAUAUAGAUAAUACUAAAAAUAUACUGUUAAAUAAAUUAUAUUUUAUAUUUAAAAAUGUUAAGGUUGAAUAUAAAAAUCGUUUUUCAAAUCAGACAAAAAUGAUGACGAUUCAUGAACUAUUUAAAUAUUUUAAACUUAUUUAA